AUGACUCUGACCUGCGUCCUCAUCUGGACUCUCCUCUGCUGCUGCUUCACAGAGUCCAGAGGCCAAGUCACAGUGACUCAGCCUGGAGCAGUGAGAUCAGCUGUGGGAAACUCCGCCACCAUCUCAUGCAGAACCAGUCAGAAUGUUUAUGUUUGGAGUAACUACCACUAUUUAGCCUGGUACCAACAGAGAGAUGGAGAAACUCCUAAACUGCUCAUUUACGCUGCUUCCACUCGAGCAUCAGGGAUUCCAGGUCGUUUUACAGGCAGUGGAUCAAACUCUGACUUCACUCUGACCAUCAGUGGAGUCCAGGCUGAAGAUGCUGCAGUUUACUACUGUCAGAGUUUUCACUACAUCAACAGUCAGAACGUGUUCACACUUUUGGUGGAGGAACCAGAGGAGGCACCAAACUCCGGGCCCGACACACAAUCAGUCCGUGUGGGGGCCCGCCCCCCUGGCAGCUAUGAUGCUGAUUCAAGUAGAGAUGAGAUACGAUAAGAUAUAUUCCUCUAUUCGUCCCACAAUGGGGACAUUUGUUUGUUACAGCAGCACAGUGGACAGAAUAUAGGAGAAAUAGCAGAAGAGAAUAUGUAUGUACAAAAUAUAACAAAAUGUAAAAAUAUAAAUAAUACGUACAGAGCCGUAGCAAAAGUUGCACAUGGGGAAUAAAUAUGAAUAUUGCACAGGUGGUUAUUGCAAAUAUGA